UUCGUUGCGGUUCGUUAUGUCGGUUAGCAUGUGUGUUAGCAUGUGAGCUGAGCGUCAAUAAGGACAGAAACUCAGUAAAAAAAACAGCUGGAUGUGGUUAUAAAGGCCGUCAUGAAGCUGCAGAGAGAAGCAGACGUCCAGAAGCUGUUGGUGGUUAAAGAGGAGGUUCCUUCUGAGCAGCAGGAGAGGAGCUCCAGUCUGGACCAGGAGGAACCAGAGUCCCUACACAUUAAAGAGGAACAGGAGGAACCUUGGAUCAGUCAGGAGGGAGAGCAGCUUCUUCCUGUCCCUGUGAAGAGUGAAGAAGAUGAAGAGAAACCUCUGUCCUUACAGCUUCAUCAAACACAGACUGAACAGAUGGAAACAGAAGCUGAUGGAGAGGACUGUGGAGGACCAGAAUCAGACAGGAACUCUCCAGAUUUACAACCUCAUACUGACCAGACUGAAGACUCUUCUGAACCUGAGACCGACGAGAAGACUUCAGACUCUUCGGAAUCUGAGACUGAAAAAGACUGGGAAGAUCCUGAAGGGAAACCUUUCCGCUGCUCUUUGUGUUCCAAAACAUUUAAACACAGAGGUAAUCUGAGUAUACACAUGAGAACUCACACAGGAGAGAAGCCUUUCGGUUGCUCUUUGUGUAACAAACGGUUUACUCAGAAAGCAGGUCUGAACUACCACUUGAGGAUUCACACAGGAGAGAGGCCGUUCAGCUGCUCAGUUUGUGGUAAAACAUUCAGACACAAAGGAUCCAUGACGUACCACAUGGCGACCCACACGGGAGUCAAACCGUUCGGCUGCAGCGCUUGUAACAAAAGAUUUAGUUUUAUGCGGCAGCUCAGAGGCCAUAAGUGUGUCAAUGCAAAACGCAAGAAACCGCUACGCUGCUCUGAAUGUGAUAUAACAUUUCCCAACAACUACCUUCUGGGGACACACAUGAGAAUACACAAAGGAAAAAAGCUGUUCACUUGCUCUGUGUGUGGGCAAAAACGACAUUGUCGGUCACAUCUGGAUGUACACAUGAGAACCCACACGGGAGAGAAACCGUACAGCUGCUCUGUUUGCGGUAAAACGUUUUCUCAAAGAGGAAUCAUGUCGCAACACAUGGCGAUCCACUCAGGGGUGAAACCGUUCAGCUGCUCUGUCUGCAGCAGAAGGUUCUCUUGGCAUUUUCAGAUCAAAAAUCACAAGUGUCUCGGUGAGUCCUCGCAGUGUAGAAGAACUGGCUGUACGGGCGCAGACUGUGGGGGACCAGAACCAGCCAAAAACUCUAAUCCAGAUUUACAUUUACAACGGGACACUUCGAUUAAACCUUCUGAAACUGAGGACAGUGUUGACAUUGAGUUUUGGAGAGAGACCAGGAAACAUCAGUCAGGUUUCACUUAUCAGAGAAAUAAGAAAGUCUCUGCUAGUGAUGGCUGUAAUCCUGGCUGCUCUGAUGACAAGUUUAAAACUGAACCCAGUGUUGAUCAUGAUAUCUGCAGACAGACCAGACCACUUCAGUCACUCAGCUCCUCUGAGUGUCAUCAAAGACCUGAAGACAGUCAGCUGACUCACAAGAGUCCUCCCACAGGAGAGAAACCGUUCAGUUGCUCAGUUUCUGAGAGGAGUUUCACUUUAGAGUCGCAGCUCCUCAGCCACCAGUGUGCCGACAAGUCUUCACAGCUUUAUGCUGCCAACAAGCUGUCCAGCAACUCUCGUAAACACCAGCUGCAGGUCCCCACUAGACUUAAGGCGAGACUUAAACUGUUUAAUUGCUUAGUUUGUGGGAAAGGAUUUUUCAAGCGUGAAAGCUUACGUUCUCACAUGACCUGUCACUCAGGGGAGAAACCUUUCCACUGCUCCGUGUGUAACGCAGGUUUCAGUGACACUGAGGCUUUAGUUCAACACAUGAGGAUCCACAUGAGACAAACACAGUUUAGUUGCCCAAUUUGUGGUGAGGAAUUUGCAUGGAGACGUUAUCUGACCAAACAUAUGGAGGUCCACUCAAAAGAGAAAAACUACAGCUGCCGUGUUUGUGACAGAACAUUCAGUCAACCUUCUGAGCUGAGUUCUCAUACGUGUGUUGGUGAAUCACAGCUUCAUCAGAGUCAAACUGAGGAGAACAGAGAGACAGACCCUCCAACCAGCAGCUCAGCUCAACACAUAAAAACAGAAGCUGGUGGAGAGGACUGUGGAGGACCAGAACCAGACAGGAACUCUGAUCCAGAUCCUGAUACUGACGACAGGACUCUAGAUUCUUCUGAGACAGAGAGUGACGAGAAUGAUGGCAGGGAUGUUUGGACAGACGGCAGCAGACGGCUUUCUGCUUUAAACUCUCUGAGACAUGAUGAAGUCUUUCAGAGUGAUGAAACCUUUAACAACAAACAUUUAACUGAAGGAAGUCUCAGCCCACACAUGGCCGUCCAUACGGGGGAACACAGCGUAAAGCAGGAGGAUCCAGAGCCCCCACACAUUAAAGAGGAACAGGAGGAACUUUGGAUCCAUCCGGAGGGAGAGCAGCUUCUUCCUGUCCCUGUGAAGAGUGAAGAAGACGAAGAGAAACCUCAGUCCUCACAGCUUCAACAAACACAAACUGAACAGAUGGAAACAGAAGCUGAUGGAGAGGACUGUGGAGGACCAGAACCAGACAGGAACUCUGAUCCAGAUACUGAAGACAGUGUUGAUAGUGAUUUUUGGAAGGAGACCAGCGAACGCCCGUCAGGUUUAUUGUCACUGAAAAUAAACAAGAUUUCUGGCAGUUUUAUGGGAUGUGAAGCGUCGAGGACGUCCGAGUGUCCUGAACUUGAGAGUGACGACAGCGUUGACAGCGACUUCUGGAAAGACGACAGGAAACCUCAGUCGGAUUUAAACUCUUUGAACAACCGUGAAGUUACUGAAAGUGAAAUGAGUUAUGAUACUUAUGAUAAACCGUACAGCUGCUCUGAGUGCGGGAAAAUGUUUCAGAACGUUAACAACAUGAAGAACCACAUGAAAUGUCACACGGGAGAGAGAGCCUUCGUUUGUUCCGUUUGUGGACUACAGUGUGCCUACAAGUCCCUGCUGGUGAUCCACAUGAGAACACAUACCAGAGAGAAACCAUUCCCAUGCCCCAUGUGUGGGAAGAAGUACGCACACAAGGCCAGUAUGCAGUCUCACAUGUUGGUGCACACUGUGGAGAAACAGUACAGCUGCAGGAUCUGUGACAAAGGCUUCGCCUGGUACACUGAGCUCAAAUACCAUCAGUGUGUCGGUGAGGCCUCGCAGGAGAACACACACUGAAGAGAAACCACGCAGAUGCACAAAGGAGACUGAACUGCGUCACGUGAGUCAGAGACAUGAAGUGAAGCUGCAGAU